AUGAAACCAUCAAAGCUUCUGUAUCACCACUCAACUAUACAUUCCAAGGAAGCUGAUAGACCAUCGGAUUUCUUCGAAAGGAAACUGAAAACACUUAACCAGCAACAAACUACUAAGAUUCAGAUAUCCAGUGUCGACGAGAAAGCGUUACUAGCUAGCUACAGAGUCACAUUCCGAGUCGCUAAAGCAGGGAAGCCGCAUACAGAUGCAGAAAAUCUUAUUUUUCCAGCAGCCCUGGAUAUGGUUGAAAUUAUGUUAGGUAAGCAAGAGGCAAACAAGCUAAAGAGCAUAUCACUUUCUGAUAAUACCACUGAACGCAGAAUAAACGAUAUGACUGGUGAUAUUCGAGAACAGUUAGCCGAAAAUUUGAAGAAGAGCCCACAUUUCGCUUUGCAGUUUGAUGAAUCUACUGACGUUUCAGAGUGUACUCAAUCUAUAGAAUUUGUGCGCUUUGAAGCAGAUGAAGCUAUCAUGGGAGACAUUUUAUUUUGCUAA